GGGAGACCCGGGGGUCUUCAGCAGUAACACAUUAGGUUCAUAGGAAGUGCAUGCUUAUUCCUCCCCGUUGGUAGAAAUGCAGACUAUAUUAUAACCAGUUAUUGGGGCUACCCCUCGAGUCUCCGGCCCCGGCAGGAGGGGAGGCCAUGAUGUAAAACUAGAGAGUUAAAGUAUGGGAAGCUUUACUGUAAUGAGUGGAUGGUAGAUACGUGGAACAGCCUCCCAGCAGAGGUGGUAGAGGGUAAUACAGUGAGGGGAUUAAACAUGCAUGGGAAAGACAUACGGCUCCUGAAUCUAAGACGAGACCAACGACUGAUUAAGGUUUGAGCCUUUACAGCGGGAGAAGCGGAGGGCCGGAGGGGGCCGAUCUGCCGGCAGGGUCCGGGUUUUUCUCCCUCGCCCCAAUAUACAUAAAGAGUGUUUUAUUGCCCCCCGGGGUAUGAGCUGUGGGGUGGGACGCGCUCCCUCUGCUCUGGUGACUUUUUCCGCCCCAGGCUCCCAGUCCGUUGUCUCGUUGCCAUCUGCAGGCGCUCCAUCUGCUCUGACGCCAUCGGCCGCUCUCAUGCCAGCUAUUUAAGCUGCGGCUCGGGAGACGCUGCAGGUAAAGGUCCGUCGGAGCAGCGACAGCCGCGCACGCUCAACCCCCCCACACACGCCCGCCACUCGCCCGCCGCCGGAUUAUCCACAGAGAGAGGAUGGCGUCUGCCGCGGGGUGGCUGCUCCUGGCUGUCUGUGUGCACGCCUCUGCCGUCCCCCUCUCCACCCAGCUCUCCGAGGAAGAGGAGAAGGUGACGCGGUGCAUCAUGGAGGUCCUGGCCGAAUCGCUCACCGUGGCCGGCGCGGGGCGAGUGAGCAGCCACUGCCUGCGGAUCCUGAGGGAAGACGAGCGCAUCGUCUCGAUUCUCCGUCACCAGCACCUGCUGAGAGAGCUGGAAGGUUUAACCCACGAAGGAGAGACUCAGCCGGGGAGGACGGAGAGCAGCGAGGAGGAAGAGCUCAGGAAGAGAGACGGGACCGCCAAGAGAGGGACGGAGAGCGAAGGCUCCAGAGACCACCAGGAAACGAGAGAGUUUGAGAAGAUUGAGAAGGUCGAGGUAAAGGAGAAGGAACACAAGGAGUCGGCAGAAGAGAAGGAUUCGGAGCAGCUGGCUGAGGGUGAUGAGGAUGAAGAGAAGAGAAGCCCCUCUGUGAAGAGGGAGGAGAAGAGAAGCUCUGGGAAGGGAGAGUCCAGGAGACGCUUCAGCGAUGAAGACAGCUCGGAAGAAGACCAGGCGGACAGAGGGUUCCACGGGAACGGCCACGGCUGGCAUCACAGCGACCGCGAGGACUGGGAGGACAAGAGAGCGUCCCAGAAGAGGAUGGCGAGAGACCCCAGCGGCGAUGAGACUGCCCAGUAUGAGUCCGAGAACAGGGGCUUAAAAUUCUUCAACUCCAAGAGCCACACGCACCGGGAAGCCAAGAGACACUUCGGCCCCGGAGAGCCGGCCACGGAAAGGCACCGUUACAACGAGCGGCCGGGGGGCUACGGUCAGCAGGAGGAGAGGGAGCUGGAGGAGAUGGAGGAGCGAGAGGAACGCAAGGAAGAGGAAGAGGAUCUGCAGGAGCUGGAAAAAGAGCUGCGGAGAGCUGCGGAGAGACUGCAGGAGCUGCGCCACGGGUGACGGCAACACGGGUGACACCGCCACGGGCAACGCGGGGG